CAGAAAGUGCAGCACCCGCAACUGGAGCGACGAACGCAGAUUUGCACCGUGACUAUUUUAUCAUCACUCAUUCAUGCCCGCAUCACUGACAGCUUUACGGUCGAAAGCUCAACGAGGGGGCAAACUUCAGGCUGAAUGCGCAGGCAACUUAAACUAGCUAUGGCACUAGUUUAAUACAGGAAGAAGAGCGGAAAAUAUAACACUUUGAAUGCAUUUCUCGGAUAAACUUAUCUUUUUAUCCGUUUUUUAUGAAAAUAUAAAUCAUGAAGAUCAAUUAUAAGCAACUGCCUGUAAAGGCUCAUUAUUUCUUCUUCAUGGCAGCCAUGGGUCCUAUUUUGCCGUUUUUACCAGUUUACGGCAAGCAACUAGGCGUGUCACCUCUAAUUAUGGGUUCUAUCACCGCAGUUCUGCCUAUUUUAUUCUUAAUUGCUAAACCAGCAUUUGGUUUCGUCGUAGAUUAUUUCCACUCUCAAAGAAAACUAAUCUUCAUACUCUUGCUCGCCGUAACAAGUGGAUGUUACAUUUUGAUGUAUUUUUUACCAGUAUUGCCGGGUCUUAUGCCGCAUCAUUUUCAACACGUUUCCUGUGCAUCUUUAUUGCCUUGUGAACAGCAUACAGUAAUGGCGUCGUCUAAUAGUACAAAGGCUACUACGUGUCACUGGACGUGUCAGAAUAAUUUUUCUACGCAAUUAUCUUUCUAUCCAGCUGAAAAGGUAGCAGACAUCUCACCGAAUAGCACAUGCUUAUUAAAUAUCAACAAUGCGUCAUACUGUCAAGAAAACAUUUAUUGCGACAUUGUUACCUGUGAUGCUUUUGAGGAUAAUAAUCAUUACCUAUAUACGUCCGUUACUUUCUGGGGUUUUGUCCUCUUGAUGUCUCUUGGUAACAUUGGCUUUAACGUCUCGAACUGCAUAAGUGACGCAAUCUGCUUCGAUGUAUUAGGUGAAGGUGGACAGAUGGGGUACGGUCGACAACGAGUAUGGGGUACAAUCGGUUUUGGUGUCGCGGCAUUCCUAGCCGGUUACACGAUGGAUCUGUGGUCACACGGAGAAACCUACAAAUCCUAUACACCAGCAUUUAUUCUUGUCCUCGCAUUCACCUGUAUUGACCUAAUCUGCUGCAGAAAACUGGAGCUACCUCUUAUGUCAAGUUCGAGGACCAUACUAAAAGACGUUUACGCGCUUUUGAAACUGAAACCCAUCAUUAUAUUUUUGUGCUUCGCCACGCUUGCUGGUAUCUUUGACAGCUUUAUGAUUUAUUUUCUCUUUUGGUACCUAGAAGAUCUUGCUGCAGCAACUGGUUAUAUGAGUGAAAUUAAAUUAAUAGAAGGUCUAACGGUAGCCGCGGAGACUCUCGGUGGCGAGAUAAUAUUCUUUUCUCUAUCUGGCAAAAUAUUGAAGAAGUUUGGAUACGGUUACACUUUUACAUUUUGCUUCGUAUGCUACGCACUGCGGCUAGCAUUAAUAUCUCUAGCACCAACGCCAUGGUGGGUACUUCCGAUAGAAUUUUUAAUGCAAGGGCCGACGUACGCGCUCUGUUAUACGACGAUAGUGGCGUACGCAAGUGCGGUAUCGCCACCCGGUACUUCGGCUACUGUUCAAGGAAUUGUCGCAGGAAUGGACGACGGUUUUGGAUUUGCGGUCGGUAGCUUGAUAGGAGGUAUCUUGUACAAGAAACUCGGUGGUGCACUGACUCUGAGAAUACUUUCGGUACUCGCAGCAUUCUCUGCGUUAAUGUAUUUUAUUUUACAUACUUUGUACUUAAAACAUGUGACGCCGGGUAAGAAAUCAAAUACUAUAGUCACCGAAAUGUGUCGAAUUCUCAGUUUCUCAGGAUACUGGGAAAAUUUUAAAGCAUUUUCUGUUGCAGAUACACGAAGUAACGUUGAAUGGAGAAAGCCUGAUGAUGCGCAGAAGCAUUGUGCAACAGCAGAAGCAUAAUACACAUUUUGUGUACAGUGUCUUCUUUUUAUGAGUAAUAAGGAAAGACUAAAGUAUAUUUUUAUAAUAUAUAUGUCUAUAUGCAGUUGAUAUUUCAAAUACAGCUCUUUCUAUUCCUUUUUUUUCUCUCAAAUAAGAAGAAGGAAAAAAGUAUUUUCAAGUAUUUGGAACUAUUAACUAUUAACUAGGCUGCAAUUAUAAUACAUUCUUAUAUUACAUUCUGUAAGCUCUUAAAUAUAAUGUAAAAAAGAAAAUA